AUCUUCUUCUGUGACAUGCGCUUGCACACCAUCCUCACAAGCUCACAAGGCUCAACACCAAUGGAACUGGCGAAGUCUGUCUUGCUCGCCUUGCUUGCCCUUCUUGCAUGGCUCGCUGCUGGUUCCACAGCCGAUGACCGCCUCACUCUCAUGUCAUUCAUGUCAGGCAUGGCAGCAAACUCCUCGUUAGCUCUUGCACAGUCAUCAUGGGGAAACAGCUCUGUUCCCACAUGCCAGUGGCGUGGUGUGACAUGUGGCCUGACUGGCCGCCGCCGCGGCCGUGUGGUGGCACUGGACCUCCCCGGGCUCGGCCUCGACGGCACCAUCCCGCCGGAGCUGGGUAAUCUCACCUACUUGAGGUGGCUCCAUCUCCCUGCCAACCACCUCCAUGGCAUACUUCCCCCAGAGCUCGGCAACCUCCCUGAGCUCAGCCAUCUCAACCUCAGUUACAACUCAUUCCAAGGGAGGAUUCCGGGGUCACUUUCAAACUGCACCCGUCUCCAGAACCUAUUGCUGUAUAGCAAUAGUCUUCAUGGCGAAAUACCACCGGAGCUCUGCUUGCUGAGUGAUCUCAAGGUACUCAAUCUUGGCCAGAACACUCUAAUAGGAAACAUCCCACCGGGGAUUGGAAACCUUGUAAACCUAACAACACUGAAUCUACAAUUUAACAACCUAUCGGGGGGGAUCCCACAGGAAAUAGGUGGUCUCGUUAACCUUGUUGGACUAGGUCUAGGUUAUAACCUUCUGAGAGGUUCCAUCCCUGCUUCACUUGGAAACCUUUCAGCACUCCAAUAUAUCAGUAUCCCUUCAGCUAAAUUAACAGGGAGCAUACCACAGCUGCCAAAGCUUUCAUUUCUUCUUGUCCUUGAACUAGGAGUAAACAACCUCGAAGGAAGAAUCCCUGCAUCAUUGGGAAAUCUCUCAUCACUAGUGUUUCUUAGUCUUCAGCAAAAUCGCCUCACAGGGCACAUCCCAGAGUCAUUAGGUAGUCUUCAGGUGCUUAAUAACCUUGAUCUUUCACAAAACAAUCUUUCAGGCCCCAUACCACAUUCUCUUGGAAAUCUAGGUACCCUCGUGACCCUCCGUCUAGACUAUAAUGAACUGGAAGGUUCUUUUCCUCCUUCGCUGCUCAACCUUUCCACUCUUGAAGAUCUAGGUCUACAAAGCAAUCGUCUUAGUGGGUCAUUUCCACAUGAGAUAGGUAAUAAGCUCCCAAAUAUACAAAGUUUUGUUGCGGAUAUCAAUCAAUUUCAUGGAACAAUUCCAUCAUCCAUGUGCAAUGCCUCUAUGCUUCAAAUUCUGCAAGUAGUAUAUAACUCUUUGUCUGGACGAAUUCCUCCUUGUCUUGGAACUCGACAAAACAGAUUGUCAGUCGUGGCACUUUCAAAAAAUCAACUCGAAGCAACAAGCGAUGCUGAUUGGGGAUUUCUGUCGAGCUUGACAAAUUGCAGCAAUUUGCGGAGCUUAGAUUUGGGUUACAACAGUCUUCAAGGCGAGUUGCCUAGUUCAAUUGGCAACCUUUCCUCAGGUUUGAGUUUUCUUAUCAUAGCAAACAACAACAUAGUUGGAAAGAUACCUGAAGGAAUAGGGAGCUUGGUCAACUUGAAGUUACUUUACAUGGACUACAACCAUUUGGAGGGAACUAUUCCAGCUUCUCUUGGUAAAAUCAAGGUGUUGAAUCGAUUAUCUCUACCACAUAACAACCUGUCAGGAUCCAUCCCACCAACCCUAGGCAAUCUUACAGCACUAAAUGUAUUAUUGCUCCAAGGAAAUGCACUUGAUGGAAGAAUUCCCUCCAGUCUUAGCAGUUGCCCCAUAGAACAACUGGAUCUUUCAUAUAACAGUCUUACUGGCACAAUACCUAAAGAACUCUUUCUCAUGUCUACCUUAUCCAGCUUCAUGCUUCUGGGGCAUAAUUUAAUAUCUGGUACUUUGCCAUCUGAAAUGGGUAACCUAAUAAAUGUUGGAGUGUUUGAUUUCGCUUCAAACAACAUUUCUGGAGAGAUUCCUGCCUCCAUUGGUGAGUGCCAGAGCUUGCAGUAUCUUCACAUAUCUGGAAACUCACUCCAAGGGGAAAUUCCAUUAUCAAUGGAGCAACUAAAAGGUCUCUUGGUGCUUGACCUUUCCAGCAAUAAUUUGUCGGGUGGCAUCCCUCAGUUUCUUGGGAACUUGAAAGGCCUUUCUGCUCUGAAUCUUUCAUUCAACAAUUUUGAAGGUGAAGUCCCAAAACAUGGAGUGUUCCUCAAUCUAACAGCAAUUUCGAUUAAUGGAAAUGAUGGUCUGUGUGGUGGUAUCCCUCAAUUGAAUUUGCCACCCUGUACCAACCACACCACCAAGAAGCCAUCCAGGAAACUUCUCAUGAUAAUCUCCAUAUGCAGUGCAGCUUUAUUUAUCACAUUAGCGUCUGCACUGUUCAUAUUCUACCAUAAGAGCAGAAAAAUGAAAUCAAGCGCACAAUUAUCACUCAUCAGUGAGAACUAUAUGCGGGUUUCUUACGCUGAAUUAUUCAAAGCAACAAAUGGUUUUUCUUCUGAAAACCUCAUUGGAGCAGGAAGCUUUGGCUCGGUCUACAAGGGAAGCAUGCAAAGCAAUGACCAACAAGUAGUCGUUGCUGUGAAGGUGUUCAACCUCAAGCAACGUGGUGCUUCUCAGAGCUUCGAUGCGGAAUGUGAGACACUAAGAUGUGUUCGCCAUCGGAACCUUGUAAAGAUACUGACAGUAUGCUCGAGUAUUGAUUUUGAGGGCCAUGACUUCAAGGCCCUUGUAUAUGAAUUCCUAACAAAUGGAAACUUGGAAGAAUGGCUACACCAGAAGCUCAUGGGAGAUGGUGAAUGCAAGGCAAAAGAUCAUAUUGCAAGGCUAAGCAUUGCCAUUGAUGUGGCAUUCUCACUUGAAUAUCUUCACCAACAUAAGCCAUUGCCAAUUAUUCACUGUGAUCUUAAGCCAAGUAAUGUUCUCCUCGACAAUGACAUGGUUGCUCAUGUUGCUGAUUUUGGGCUUGCAAGAUUUGUACACCAAGACUUGGAGAAAUCAAGUGGUUGGGCUUCAAUGAGAGGAACAAUUGGUUAUGCUGCACCAGAGUAUGGACUUGGAAACCAAGUCUCAAUCCAAGGUGAUGUCUACAGCUAUGGCAUAUUGCUGCUAGAAAUGUUCACUGGAAAAAGACCAACAGAUAGUGAUUUUGGAGAAGUUAUUGGCCUUCGUGAGUAUGUUCAGAUGGCACUGCCAGACAAGAUUGGUAAUGUCAUCGACGAAUGGUUAAUACCAGAGAUGGGAAAUGAUGAACAAGACAAGUCCAACUCUAACGAGAGUAGAGAUCUUCGAAUUGCUUGCAUCAGCUCGAUUCUGCGUAUUGGCAUUUCUUGUUCAGAGAAGACGCCAACAGAUCGCCCACAGAUUGGAGAUGCUCUAAAAGAGUUGCUAGCAAUAAGAGACAAGUUCCACAAGAAUCACUCCGGUGAAGGACCAACGUCAAGCCACUGAAACAUGUGGAGAUCAGCAAGGUGUUGCAAGCUGCCGUCUCCAAUCUCCUAUCCAGUGCAGCAUUUACAGAAGGCUCGAUACAAGAUUGUAAUAGUUGGUCUGAAGUCAAAUUUUUGUAGCAAGCCUUUUCAUAAAGCAUUAAGACCCCUCCCCACCACCCAAGCUAUCAUGCUCCCAUUUCCCAAUGUACUAUAUGUACCAAUUAACUGCAACAGUUUUCAGGCUUCCUUCCACA